GUUGCUUGUUUUCUAUCCGGACCAUUUUCGCUGUAGCACCGGUGUGCCACCUGAAAACAGCCGCGGGAAAGUUGGAGUGCGAGGUGAAUUCUGUUUGGUUUCUGAUGACAGACAUCCUAACGUUGGUGUUCAGGACCUUGUCGUCACAGACAGGUCAGAACAAGGACCCCAGUGCCGGUCCUCCAUCCCCAGCACCCCGCUCCAGCACCCUGGUAGUGGGAGAGCACCGCCUCAGCCGCUCCGUCCUGCUGCUGGCGGCCGUCACCGCCGCCUCGGAGCUCGGCGUCAGGGUGGCUUUCUUCGCCCAGACUCAGAUUCAGAGCCUCCCGGGGUGUCUGCAGAGAUGCAGCGCGACCCAGAACCCGGAGGGUCUGAAGAGAAUCACAUUCAGCUAUCCCCGGACCCUGGAGGAGCUCCUCCAGCAGGUCGCCGGCCUUCACGAGUCCCCCUGCCCGCCCUCCCUCAUCAUCAUCGACCGACUGGACGGCUUCCUGCGGGGCGCCGUCGCCGGCAGCCACGUUGGCUUUCACUCGGGAGACGAGUCUCGCGCUGCUCAUCUGGCGGCGCUGCUUUGCGACACCGCUGCCUUUCUCACCGAAGUCCUGGAAAAGAGGGGCUCCAGCUCGGCCCCCUGCCGCGCCAUCGCCUCCUUCCUCUCGGACGCGGACAGCGGGCAGGAAAGCCGGGACGCAUCAGCCACGGAUCCUGUUCUGGCCGUUCUUGACCGCUACUUCCAAGCUCGCUGCACUCUGGACCAGGACAGAAGCUACGAAGCUGCCGCCGCCGCAGCACAGGAGGCCUGGCACGUCUACCUGUCUGGAACUAAAAUCCCGGAUGACUGCGAGGACGCGCCCGCUUUGGCACAGGAGUGGAAACUCUUCAUUUUCCCUGAGGGUUUAAUGGAGUUUAAGUUAGUUUGAGUCUCCCGAUGUUAAAACACUUCAUUUUAAUUUACCACAGCCGGCUGAGAAGUAAACUAUUAAUGGCAUCAAAUUAAUCAAACUUGUAUAUUAUAUAGCUGAUCUAUUUUUGUUCACUGUAAUUUAUUGGCCAAAAAAUGUCCAAUGUUUUUGCCUCAAGGCCUUAAGAAAUGUGUAAUACAUCCUGGAAAGGUAAGGUAUAAAAUAGUUUUUUAAUGUAAUUUUUUAUUUGUUUUUUUCUUAUUCUGUAUUAAGUUAGGCACAGAAACAUUUUUAUUUUUCUUACAUAUAAUAUAAUACACUUAUUUUUAAAGGUGCACCGAUCUGCUUUUCCCAGCCAAGACCGAUUUCCAGUUUCCUUUAACGACAGUAACGUCUGACCUACUCAUUGGAUUUUUUUUUAAACUACUACAUGACAUAAAAGAGAAGAAAAAAUAUGCACCAGGUUCUUUGAUAGAGGUCAAGACAUUUCUUCGUAACCUUUGAGUUUUACUCAACUCCUCAAAAGUUCAGGGAAGUACACGGUCGAUGUGUGCAUAAACAAACACGUGGAAGAAGGUUUGAUGAGUUCGAUGAACAAGGAAAAAAGUAGAUUUUUCAGUGUUUGACUUGUCGAUGAAGGGAAAGGAGAUUAAAUAGUGGUGCAAAACGAUGUGUUUUCAACUAAGUACCACUAGGAAGUGAUAUUUUCUGUUCUCUUCUCCAGAUGUUCUUGUUUAUAUCAAAAAUAAAAUUUUAUGCUUUGUAAAGAUUUCU